AUGGACUUUCUUCAGCGUCUUGCCCGCCUUCUCGACAGGCCACAGUUUCCAUGGAAGAAGCUCAUCAUCGGCUUCUCCCUUGCGCAAUAUGCCUUCGAAGCCUUUCUUUCUCUGCGCCAAUACCAAGUACUCAAACAAACACGGCCGCCUAAAGCUCUGCAAAAGGAAGUGUCACAAGAGGUCUAUGACAAGAGUCAGGCCUACGGACGGGCAAAGGCAAGGUUCAGUCUCUCUAGCGGUCUCUACGGACAAAUUACGAACACGGCAGUCAUCCACUACGAUCUCCUCCCGAAACUUUGGGCCCUGACUGGCUCGUGGAUUCUUCGAUUCGCCCCGGCUCGAUUCAGCGGUGAAAUCAGCCAGUCGAUCCUCUUCAUCAUUGCAUUCAUCGCCUUUCAGCAAGUCGUGUCCAUUCCCACCUCGGUCUACCAGACAUUCGUCCUCGAGGAGAAGUUUGGCUUCAACAAGCAGACUCCUAAGCUUUUCGUCAUGGACAUGUUGAAGUCUCAAAUGCUAACCUGCAUUCUGGCCCCUCCCAUUCUGGCUGCUUUCCUCUCGAUCAUCCAGAAGACGGGCAACAAUUUCUUCUUCUACCUCUGGGUAUUUGGUGCUGGUCUGCAGGUCUUCAUGAUUACCAUCUACCCCGUCACGAUCUUGCCUCUGUUCAACAAGCUGUCUCCACUCCCACCGGGUGACCUGAAGGCUGGCGUCGAAGGGCUGGCGAAGCAACUCAACUUCCCACUUCACGAGCUUUAUGUCAUUGACGGCAGUAAGAGAAGUGCUCACAGCAAUGCAUACUUCUUCGGCAUGCCGUGGAAGAAGCAUAUUGUAAUUUACGACACCCUCAUCGAGAAGAGCGAGACGCAGGAAGUCGUCGCCGUUCUUGCUCACGAGUUGGGUCACUGGAGUCUCGGCCAUACAACUAGACUCUUUGGAAUUUCACAGGCCCACUUUUUCUACAUCUUUGCGCUCUUCUCCGUCUUCAUCAACAACCACUCCCUCUACCAAUCAUUUGGAUUCCACAAGGAGUUUCCCAUAAUCGUUGGCUUCAUCCUUUUCUCAGAUGUGCUUGCUCCCAUGGACACAGUUAUCAAGCUCCUGAUGAACAUCCUGAGCCGCAAGUACGAAUUUGAGGCCGAUGGUUUCGCCGUCAAGCUCGGCUACACGACCGAGUUGGCCCGUUCCUUGAUUAAGCUCCAGAUCCAGAAUCUGAGCACGAUGGAUGCCGAUUGGAUGUAUGCCAGCUACCACUUCUCCCACCCGAUUCUGUCGGAGCGACUGGGAGCCUUGGGUUGGUAUGGCGAAACGAAAGUGGUGGAUGAUGAUUCGGUGAAAAUUGACGAGAAGGCAUCGAAGGCCUCUGGAAGGGAAUUGUAG